AUGGCGUCCGAGAAUAGUCCCCUCUUGCCCAGCGACGGCCGGCCAUCGUCAUCCUCCGCCGGCCGCCGCUGGUCCCGCGUACGCGAGUUCGCCCUCUUCACCUGGGCUCUCCUCGCCACCGCCGCCGUCAUCGUCAUCGCCGUCUGGACCCAGCACAAUGAGCAGACGUCGGCCCAUGGCGACCGUUCCGCCAAGCGCAACCUUGUCUUCAUGGUCUCGGACGGCAUGGGCCCUGCCUCCCUCUCCCUUACCCGCAGCUAUCGCCAGCACGUCGAAAGCCUGCCCCCCCACGACACCCUCGUCCUCGACAAGCACCUCUGGGGCUCGAGCCGCACCCGCUCCAGCAACUCACUCGUCACCGACAGCGCCGCCGGUGCCACGGCCUUCUCCUGCGGCAAGAAGAGUUACAAUGGCGCCAUCUCCGUGCUGCCCGACUUGGAGCCCUGCGGCUCUGUCCUCGAGGCUGCCAAGCGAGCUGGAUACAUGACGGGCCUCGUCGUCACCACCGACAUUACCGAUGCCACCCCGGCCUGCUUUGCCAGCCACGUCCUGCUCCGAGGCAUGCAGGACGAUAUCGCCCUGCAAGAGAUUGGCCACGGCCCCCUGGGGCGCUCCGUCGACCUCAUGCUCGGCGGCGGUCGAUGCCAUUUCCUGCCCAACACCACCUCGGGCAGCUGCCGCCAAGACAACGUCGACGUGGUGCGCAUGGCGCAGGACAAGUACGGCUGGACCUACGCCGACAACCGCGACGACUUUGACUCUCUCAAGGGCGGCGACAACGCCCAGCUGCCCUUGCUCGGCCUCUUCGCCACGGCAGACGUACCCUUUGAAAUGGACCGCAAGAAACUGAACAUCUUCCCCAGCCUGAGCGAAAUGGCCGGCACGGCCCUGCGCGCCCUGGAAAAGGCUACCGCCGAUAGCGAUAAAGGCUUCUUCCUUAUGAUCGAGGGCAGCCGCAUCGACCACGCCGGCCACAUCAACGAUCCCGCCGCCCAGGUGCGCGAGGUUCUCGAGUAUGACAGGACGUUUGAUGCCGUCCUGAACUUCCUCAAACAGAGCAGCGCCGAGGGCGUCCUCGUCGCGACCAGCGACCACGAGACUGGCGGUCUCUCCCUCGCCCUCCAAGAGCCGUAUCACCGGCCUGUGUACAACUGGUACCCCCAGGUCCUCGCCAAUGCCUCGUCUUCGUGCGAGAAGCUCGCCGCCGAGUUGCAGCAUCACAUUGCCCAAAGCCCUGCGUCCCUCUCCCGCGACAAACUCAAAUCGUGGAUCAAUGACGAGCUUGUUGUCCGCGGCCUGGGCAUCGCCGACGCCACCGACCGGGAGCUUUCCCUCCUUGCCAAACAUCCCGAGAUCUCGACCGCCACCUUUGCAGCCAUCAUCUCCCUGCGCGCACACAUCGGCUGGAGCACGCACGGGCACUCGGCAGUCGACGUCAACGUUUACGCCUCGGGUGGCCCAGAGGUGGACAAGAUUCGCGGCAACGUCGAGAACACGGAUGUCGGUCAGUUCCUGAGCGACUACCUGGACGUCGACGUCGACGCAAUCACCAAGGAGCUCAGGCACAAGAUGGUCAGGGGCCCCCCCAGGUCAACCGAGGCAGAGGGCCCGCCGUUGAAAUGGUCCACGGGCAGCUACCACGUCGCCGAAGGCCCGUGA